GGGGAAAAUAUGGCGGACUGCAGAAGCACUUGAUGUAUUAAAAAAGUGCAUUGUAAUUUACCAUCACGAAUCCGAAUUUCUUUGAUAAAACAGCAUGAAAUUUUAGCUAAUAUGGAACUCGAGUGUGGGGAUUAUUAUCUUGGUAGAAGAGAUACGAGUAAGUUUCUAUUUAAACUUAUGUAAGCUUUAUGUCUUUAUAAGUUUUAUGACUUUUUUUGUCUUAUUUUUUAAUGCGUUUAUUCGGCUGGUGCACGAUAUACUAAGUGAAUAGCAAGACUCACGUCACAAAGAACACAACAAUGAUCCUUAGCCCUUACACAAUAACACAAUAAACUUCACACAAUAGAACCAGACAAUGGUGCAUAUUUUGACUUGGUUUAUCGAGCAUCCCCUUUUGUUCGUUAACUGGCCCUCGUGCAGCAUUUUCUAAUCUAUGUAAGCCAGUUUAAGGGUAUAAAGAAAAAGAAAUUUUUAUUACAAUAAUUCCUUUUGCUAUUAAUUUUAUUAUUUUUUUAUACCCUCACACUAAGCUUAAUAAUUAAGCUUAAUUAAGUAUGAAAACAAAAGGGAAUUGACUGAAAGCUUGUAGAGAGCAUAAGAAUGCAUAAUCACGCAUAAUCGACCACUACUUUUAGAAUACUAAACUUGAUCUUAAUUAUAAGUUGCCCUUGUCUUCAAGACCUUGACGACCAAUUAAAGUGUACAAAAGUGCUCAUCCAAAGCAGUGACUAAAUUUAGACUUGAGAAGUUAUGCUUUUAGGUGACAACAAUUCCAAACCAAGGAAGGCUUCUUUUGUUAAGUUCUGAGACAUUGAAAGGUAGAACUGUUUUUAUUAUAUGACUGCUUCUAAGAAUAGAGGCCAGAUAAAUUGCAACCUGUGUUCUGAUUGGGGUGUUUUUUACCCAAAAAAGAAGACUUAAGUCCUAGUAUCCUAUAGACUAAAACUAAGACCUUGUGAAAGAGAAGGCCUUGUCUCUAGUCGGUACUUCCAAGCAUGCUGUUGACCAGGUGUAGAGACAUUGUUUUGCAGGUUUUUCAUUAAGAAUUAAUUCUAGUAACAAUGGAGAAAGGUGUAACAUUACAGGAGAAUAUUUUGAACAAGGCUCCAUGUCUAAAUAGAAAAUUAAUAGUUAUAGGCUACUGAAUGUUUGCCGGAGAAUUCUACUCAGUAAACGGAGAAUUCCCCGAUCUCUGAUGCCUAAUGAACACCCUGUUUUGGAGUGAUGUAAUUUUGAUAUCAGGACCUGAUACUAAUAUGAUACUGGCAUUGACCAUAUAGAAAUGUCAAAUACAAAGAUAGCCUGUGCAACAGAUGAAACUAAACUCUGAUUCAGUCCAUCUGCGAAACAGCACCGAAAUCCUUGUUCUGGGUCCCCACCUGUGUACUAAGAUUUGUGUACGUGCCUGUCAUGAUUGACCUGUUAAAAAAGCCAUUGUUGAUUUGUCAAUCCGGUUGAAAGGAGAUUCGAAAUGCAUUUCCGAUGAUGUGUCGAGUCCAUUGGUGCUGCUUCGCAGACGUUACUAACCAAGGUUAAAUUACGUCUGCGACACAGGCUAAUACAGAAAAAGCUCUUUCCCGGACACAUUGCUCUUAAUUGCACUGACAAAUUGUUUUUGUUAGUCACCUUUCAACAUCACCUCAAAUAACGAAAUCCAGUGAAAAUAUAAAACUCAGCAUGUAAAACAAACAAACCUUGCUUAAAUGAAACGUGAAAUGUACACUGUACUUUUACCUAAGUAAUGUAUAACAUCAACUUCUAUUCAUGUGCCAUUGGAUUUAUGUUUUAAUUGUAGAGCAACAUGAAAUUCUAGUUAAAAUUGGUUUUAAUGUUGGAUGAUUCUCACUUUCAUUUGUUUCCUAAUCUUAAUUGUUUAUGAUCAUACUAUAUAAUAUUAGGCCUAAAAUAGAAAGGAAAUUGAGAUUCAACACAGGUUGAAACCAUUUUAUCCUGAAUUUCAUUAUGGCCUUCAACAUGUGUUUUUGCCAUAACUAAAUGAUUUUUCACACACUGAUUGGUCAAGAGCCAUAUGGUCGAUAAGAGUCUGAGCAUGGAAAUGAUAUAAUGGUGGGGCAGUUUGUUGUUCUCUUUUUUGUGCACGUGAUUUUUCGAGAAACUUUAAUGGAAAUGGGCGUCACAAUGUCAGUGUUAUUGCCAAAAAACAAAUCAACAACAAUUUUCCAUGGUUUGUACUCUUAUCAGGGCUUCUGAUAUUUCGCGCGGUCGUGGACCCGCAAAAUUCAGGUAUUUCCAUGAAAUCCUGUGAAAUUCCCCAAAAAACGCGAAAUACCGCGAAAUCCGCCAGAAAUAUUUCCAAAUACAUUCAGCAAAACAUAUUUAAUACUUAUCUUGGCUAUUAGACCUGUUUUAUUCACCCCAAACGUCCAAAUUUAUCUUGAAACUUCAUAACUGCAACGAGUAAACAAUGUCCCAAAACUACCAGGCGUUUUUAGAUGAACGUUGCGAAAAACUGGGCACUAACCAUAAUGUUAAUAGCUUUAACAUUCGCUCAUUUCUCGAGCGAACUGUUGUUGAAAGAGCAAUUAAAUGAUUAUCCCUCUGUUAAAAAAACGUUAAACAACACUGGUCAUAUCGACACAAAAUUGAUUGAUUUUAGCGAAAUUUGCCAAAAAAAAUCCAGUGAAAUCGCCUGUUUUUUACUGAUUGUUUCUUGGUGAAGUUUCCCCCCAAAAUUUCCAGUAUAAUCGGCCGAUUUUUCUAAGAAUUUGCCCCAGAAAAUCCUUCGAAAUUUGACUUUUUUCUGCUAAACUCCCGCGAAGUGGGCCGAUUUUUCUGUGAAUUUUGACUUUUCUCCAGCGAAAAUCCCACGAAAUCAGCCGAUUUUUUCACAAAUUUUGACUUUUUUCCUGCAAAAAUCCCGCGAAAUUGGCGAUUUUUCCACGAAUUUGCCCCUGAAAAUCCCGCGAAAGUUUGCUUUUUUUUUCCAUGAAAUAUGAGAAACCCUGUCUUAUAGACCACAGAAAUGUCAUCAAAAUUUUCCAAACUUUCCCAUGAAACCACUUGCCUAUCUGCUCGUGGUUCCACUUGUUGUCAAUUUGUUAAAUUCACCAUAGGCAAUGAGAGCAAUACAUAAUGGUUGCAUGCCUUUGACCUGUUUAAAAGUGCUUGUGAUAAUUUUCCUGUGAAAACCCAAGUACUAUGAAGUUCAAAUGUUUGUAUUUUAAUGCUUGUAGCAAGUCUUCUUGACCCUGAACCAUCUGAUGACAUGAACAGCCACUUGGUGGAACAGCUUGAGCUCGUUCAACCUCAGUUUGUUAAUGGGUAAGUUAUAUCAAUCAACAUCAAAUUAAAUUAAAAACAAUUAAACCUUGAAGUACUUGUGAUAAAUAAACACCUGAUGACUGGUCCCUAAGGAGACAGUUAAUUUUGCUUGGAUCCUGAGAAUCUCAAGCGGAGCCGAGCUGAGUUAUACAGCCCAUGAAGAAAAACUUUUUUGUGUACAAAUUUAUGCAAAUAAAUCUCGUAAACAGUCAACAUUUGCGGGUAACAGUACACUGUUACCCUUGUCGUAGAUUUUGCAAUGUUACCUGUUUAGAGAUUUUGGCGGGAAACAGUUUCAUUGUUUAGGUGUCAUGUUACCUGAGAGCACACACUGUUGGGAAAAGAUUUUCAGCCAUUAUAACCAUAAUUGUUGUUGUGUUAAAGAUGAGAUCAAUAACACUAAUAUUCUUCUGAUACCAUAAGGGAUUUAGGAGGGCUUAUAAACAGAGGGGCUUUUAUCCAAGGGGGCUUUUAACCAGAAUAGAAAAGGUUUUGAAACAAACUAUAGAAGUGCUGAUUGAUCAAAUUACUUUUUUGCAUUUACUGGUCUUCAAAGCUUCAAAAGGUCAUUGCAUUUCCACUGGGUGUGUGAAAAUUUUGGAAAUUCUGAAGGGGAAGGGGGCGGGGUGUAUCUUAGGGGCUGAUUUUUGGAAAAUCCAGAGGGGAGGGGGGGUCAUGCGGCAAAUCCCUUCCCUGGGAGUGGUUUGGAUAUUUUCUGGAACCACACAUUAUAAGUCAAAUUUAUUUCAAAAAAAGCUGGAAGGGGGAUUUAUAUCUGUGUAUUUUUUUGUUUACUGGUAGAUCACGGACUCAUAAUAAUUGGGAGGGGUUAUAUGUUGGGGGGCUUAUAAUCGGUAGUGUGCGGGUGUCCCAUAAAGCACAUUGACACUAUCGCCUGAUAAAGACCAGCAGGAAGUGGUCAAAAUGCAAUGAUGGAAUUGCUCAUUAAUUAAUAGUAUCCGUGAAAUUAAAAGUUGUAGAUUCACCUUGAAGAAAAAAAACCAUAAAAAAUAUUUCAUGCAAACAUUUAUCUCAAUCUAACUUUUAGAAAGACCAGAAACACUGCAUUAUAAAAACAUAGCCUACAAUGCAGACACUCUAAACCCCUGUAUAGAGCAUCUGCGAAUUAGUGCGUAAUAUCGUUUUUGAAUCUCACAGAGUCGCAAGGACAUAUGUAGGCAGUUUUGUUCGGCUAGUUUCCUACACAGUUUGUGAUUAUUAGCACUAACCUCGUGAAAGAUACAUGUACCCAAUAUUUAUGAAAUAAAUUUAUCUGUUAUAUGUAUCGGCGGUAAAUUAACAGUAAUACAUUUCUCACAGUGGUACGUUCUGUUUUUUAUUAGUUCUUGUUGCUCAGAGAGUUCAUUUAUUUACCUGGUAGCAGCAGCUGGUGUAGCUGCAGUUGGUGGAGUUCUCUUUGGUUAUGACAUCGGUAUGAAAUUUUUUUGCGUUAGUUGUUCAGACCUGCCUUCUUUCAUAAUUCUGCUGUGAGUGUCAAAGUCCAAAUCUGACAUUUUGUUGCAUGAUUAUGUAUCUCUUAUAAACAAGAAAGAGUUGAACUUCUUAGUAGCAUGGGUAGAGGUCGGCCGAAAGGACUGCUCCCACCCCAUUUUCUGUGAAAUUUUCUGUCAUCUUUAAAGAAUUCUCAGUAAAAUAGAUAGAUUCAGUUUUCUGAAUUCAAAAUAGUAUGCCAGUUAGUUUCUACAAAAAAUUUUUAGAGAUCUGUUUGUGGAUUUCCUGCAGGCAUUGUGUCAGGUGCAAUUCUUCAGUUAAGGAGUGAAUUUCAGCUGGACUGCAUCAAACAGGAGAUGGUUGUCAGUUCAAUGCUGAUGGGUGCUGUGUUAGCAUCUUUAUCUGGAGGUACGUCCCCUCAAGCAUCAUUAUAUUGUACAGUGGAAACUCUCCUGAUGGACAUUCUCAUAAGCAGCAGGGGUUUCAAUGAAAAUUGAAGUAGCCAGCAGGUUUGAAUAGAGUAACCAACUGUAUCAACAAGAGGCCAGUGGUUCACAUUUUUAAGGGGUGUCUGGAGGCAUGCUUCCUCAGAAUCAGAUUCAGAUUUCCAGCAUUCAAGGGAAUAAACUUAGUAUAAAAGAGCAAGUUUUCCGUUCAAGAAGAUUUGGCUUUAAGUCAAAUUUUGAUUUAUUAGCCACACAAUUAACACCCACAAGCAAUAAACAAAAUGAUAAUUAUUAACGGACAUUUUUACGUGAAAAAAUUCUAUUUUUGUCCAUGGCAUUAUUCAAACUAGUUGCUUCUUCUUAGAGGGAAAAAAGUAGCCAACUUCUCUGAGCAAUGUAGCCAACGCCUUUCGUCUGUUGUCAGUGCUUUACUGAAACUCCUGUAAGUGGAUAUUAUUAUAGCUCUACUAACAGCUACCUUCACAAAACCCUGUUUGUCUCAACUCCCAUACAAACUCGGUACUUUUACUUUCUUGUAAGUGACCAGCCCCAGUGAGGACACCUUUUUCACAUCCCGAGGGUGUCCAGUUACAAGCACUUUCACUGUAUCUCUCUCAUUUUGUAAUUUACUCAGGGUUCUCAUUACAUUUUAAAGUAAACAGAGCUAGGAUGCAAAAGAAGGUGGAUUGUCAAUCGACUGCAGAAGGCAAAUUAAUUUUUGAAACUUUUCCUUACUUUUCCGUUUAUAUUAUUCACUGCAAAUCAUUAUUUUGUUUUCUUAGGAUUUAUUGUGGAUUAUGUGGGAAGACGUAUGGCAAUCAUCAUUAAUUCUGUUUUGUUUCUUGUUGGAGCAAUAAUAUUAGCAUUGGCACCUUCGUUUGCAGUACUUGUGAGUCUUUAACAGUCUGCUUAAAAUUUAUUAUUAUUAUUAUUAUUAGUAUUAUUGUGAUGCUAAUGUACUCAUGAGGCUCAUAUCUCAUUCUGAAUAUGAUGUAGAUGAACGUAUUAGACACUCAUUUGCUUUCCCUUCCAUACCCAUUCCCACAACCCAUGACAGAUAGAUGCAAGUCUGUCUGCUUUUGGUUCUACAGCUGUAUUUCCCUUUGUUUUCUGUAACAGCAGCUACCGAUAUGCUCAUAAUACCCGGGGGAAAUUCCCUUCCCCUGGCCCUUGGUGACACUCAACCCUGACUAAAUCAUUUAUGGUAACAAUUUUACAGUUUGUAGGUCGUUUCAUUGUUGGAUUUGGUGUCUCGUUGUCAGCCAUUGCUGAAUGUAUCUACAUCUCUGAGAUAGCUCCUGCAGUGAGUACAGUUAUUAUGUCUUCAACCCCCUCAGAGAGAGUAUCAUUCUUUAUUUUACGUUUGUAUCAAUAUGAAUAUCUACUUUAAUGAGACCUCAGCUGCCCAGCUUGACUAUGUUUAUUGAUAUUUUAGCAUAAAAUAAAGGUUAAUGUUGGCAAGCAACAACUAUUGAGCCUGCAUCGCUACUGCGGUUUAUCCCAAACACGCGAUCUCCUUAUUUGGCAGCCUUCCUCUUUGUCUUAUUCUGCGCCAGUCCGUUCAAUCGCCACUUUCUUUGAAGGCUGCAAGUUGAGCAGCACCAAAGUUUUUUCAGCACCAAAGUUUUUCAUGGAUCUUUCAGGCGUUACGAACGAGGUCCUUCGCCUUUUACUGGCCCAAAACCAGCUUGCUAUCUCGGGAACACGCGAACGGACGAUCGAACGCCUGGGCACGAUCAAUGUUGAUGCGCCAACAUCACGUACACGAAGCUCCGAUUCCGCCGACCCAGCAGCCAAAAGGCCUCGCACGAACACCGAUUCUUCUCCUGUCGCCCCUAACCUACCCGGUGACGUUGAGCAGCCCAACGAGGAAGGCGAUUUACCGAGCGCUCGGAAUGAUGAACAAGAUCCGCCGCAGGCUGAGAGACUUCAAAGACGCGAUACCGAACUAACCACGUGCGAAGCACAAGAUGGCGUCCGCGACAGGGGCGUUCCGCCUAACCCCGUCUCAAAUCCAGCGGCUCUAGCCACCCUCAUCGCCACCAUAGUCGAUGAAAAGCUAAAAAAUUUCGCAUCAACGAACCCAUCACCCGUACCACAACAGCCAGCACAUUCAGUUCCCCAACCUCCAGCGCGACAACAACUAUCUGACCCUGCUUUCGUCGCGAGCCUUCUUUCACAAUCGGGUUCCUCGAACUACGGCCCAUCUCAGUCCCGAAUGCAGCCAGCUUCCUCAUCCAUCGCAGCCCACGUCCCCCAGAAGACUCGGCAACUAAUCCUACGCGGUGAGUUUGUUGAAUUCGAUUCUUUGCUGCCAGAAAACUCCUGCCUAAACGAAAGCGAACUCCCCGGGGUGUCCAUUUCGUUCGAGGGGAAACAAGUUAAUAUUCCCACCCCUGCCCGCAAGAAGAAAACCCACAUUGACUCAAUCGAUAGGUGGCUUUCGGCCUUUGCUGUUUUUUGUACAAUCUUUCUGACUUCCUUCCCCCACAGGGCUGUCUAGAUGUUUGCUUACCAAGAGAUCAUCCGCUCGGCCUACCGUAAGUUCGCGGGAUUUGCAUGGCUCUCCUACGAUAUAGACUUUCGUAGGAAUGCAGCCGCCCACCAUUCCCUUAAUUGGGGGGAAAGGGAUAUACAAUUGUACCUCCUGAAAUUUACAGGACAGGCAAAAUCCUCUUGCACCAUAUGUGGUAGUGGGGAUCAUUUUUCUCAUUGGUGUUCCCUCUCUGCCCUUAGGCCCAAUCCUACCCAACGAGGAACGUGUAACAAUUACAACAGAGGUGCCAAAUGCAGCCAGGACCCCUGCUCCUUCAGCCACCGCUGCAGGGUCUGCAAUGGAGAACACCCUGCCUACCGACACGAUGACACCCCUUCAAAAACUAGAGGCCAGGGUGAUAAGAAACUCUCAAACCGUUAAAGCCGCCAUAUCAUACAAACCCCAAACCCCGGUGAAUGUUCCCCUGCUACACAAACUUCUUAAGACUCACCCUAAUCAAGCUUUUGUAACUAGACUUUGCGAUGGGUUAAGCCAUGGUUUCCACUUGGGUUACAAAGGUAACCGCUUCCCCAGAGCUGCCAAGAAUCUCCCAUCUGCCAUCCAACAACCCCAAGUUAUUGAGAAAAACCUGCUAGAGGAAGUCCAGCUUGGUCGCCUGGCUGGCCCCUUUGAAUCCCCCCCUUUUCAAAAUUUUCAAAUUCAUCCCCUCGGCCUAGUCCCCAAAAAGGGAAGCCAAAAGUGGCGCACUAUUUUCCACCUAUCCUACCCCAAGGGGUCCCCGGAUAGCUUAAAUGCUAACAUACCCAUUGAGGAUUACACCCUUCAGUAUAUUCGGAUUGACGAUGCCAUUGCCCUGGUCCUCAACCACGGCCCCGGGUGCUUUAUGACAAAAACUGACAUACAGUCCGCUUUUCGAAUUAUCCCCGUUCACCCCGGGGAUUGGGAACUCUUGGGGAUGUCCUGGAAGGGUCGUUAUUACUUCGACAAAGCCCUCCCCUUCGGGCUAAGGAGUGCCCCUUUUCUCUUUAAUCAACUCGCUGAUGCCCUGGAAUGGUUGGUCAGACAACACCUGAACAUCCCCUCCAUCAUACACAUUCUCGACGAUUUUUUCAUUGUUCAACCUGCCCCCUCGUCCCUUUGUGCCACAGCCCUCUGCCGGGUUCUUACCCUCUUUGAGGAAUUAAACAUUCCCCUUGCCCCACAGAAAACCUUUCGCCCCACCCAAGUUCUUGAAUUCAUGGGAAUAACACUCGAUUCCGUAAACAUGCAGGCUCGUCUCCCCGAGGAUAAGUUAAGUAAUGCCCGGUCCCUACUAGCGGACUGGUCUUCCAAACGGGUCUGUCGUCUACAGGACCUGCAGUCCGUCAUUGGGACUCUGCAGUUCGCCUGCCGGGUUAUUUCCCCUGGUCGCCCUUUCAUGCAGCGCAUCAUUAACCUUACCCGGGGUUGUGCCCGCCCCAAGCGGAUUAUUUUUCUCACCCAGGAGUUCAGAAAGGACAUCCUCAUGUGGCAAUUUUUCCUCGACCACUGGAAUGGUGUUAGCCUUUUUCUGCCCCCUUACACAGAAUCAUCCCCACAAAUCCAUUUAUAUACAGACGCAGCGGGUGCAGUCGGAUACGGGGCCUUCUUUGACAAUCAGUGGUUCCAGGGAAAAUGGCUCCCCUCCCACCAGCUCAACCCCUCCACAGGGAUAAGUAUUACCUGGCAAGAGCUUUACCCAAUUUACCUUGCCUGCAUGAUUUGGGGGCCCCAUUGGGCUAACAGGAGAAUUUGUUUUCAUUGUGACAACCAGGCAGUCGUCGCAGUUUUGUCUGCUAAAAGCUCAAAAAUUCCCCGCAUCAUGAACCUUGUCCGUUUGAUCACCUUUCAAACUUUGAAGUUUAAUUUUACCUUUACCGCAAAGCACGUCCCAGGGGUCGACAACGGCAUAGCUGAUAGUCUAUCUCGCUUUCAGAUGCCCCGGUUCCACCAACUCGCACCAGAUGCAUCGCCCGUUUCCUGUCCAAUCCCUCCUUUCCUGACGAAAGUCUAACUAUGCAGGCUGCUCACUACAUUUUCCAGUCCAUCGCCAGCUCUACUCGUCGAACCUAUUCCUCUGGGGAGCGACACUUUAUUAGAUUUUGCCUUUUUCAUAAACUCAUUUCACCCCAAACCCCUUUUCUCCCUACCAGUGAAUCAACCUUAAUUCAUUUCGUCACCCACUUAUCCAAUACCGUUUCGUAUGGCACUAUUAAAGUUUAUCUGGCAGCAGUUAAGAAUCUCCAUGUUGAGUUUGGCUGUCCCCUGGACUUCUCCUCCAUGCCCUUCCUAUACAAGACCCUUCGAGGGAUCAAAUCCUCCCUCGGUAUUGCCAAACGGGCCCGGUUCCCUAUUACUAUUUCGAUCCUCCGCCAAAUUUAUGCCAAACUAAAACCUUUCCAAUCGUUGGACACAGAUUCUUCAAUGUUGUGGGCUGCUUUUACCCUUGCGUUCUUUGGCUUUCUACGUAGUAGCGAAUUCACCACAACGGCAAGUUCAAUAUUCAAUCCCACCUGACAAGAUCGGACGUCCACUUUUACCCCAACAUUGUCCAACCUGUGUCUUUCGAGGUUGUCAUCAAGAAGUCCAAAACAGACCCCUUCCGUGAGACAGCCAAGCUCACUAUCGCCUAAUCAAACUCUACUGUAUGUGCAGUCACCGCGUUAAGAGACUAUCUGCUUCAAACUAAUCCCAGUGGAGCUACCCAGCCCCUCUUCCAAUUCUCGGAUGGACGACAUCUUACUCGGUCCUCCCUCACCAACAACUUACGGGCUCUUCUCAAGGUUUGUGGAUUGGAUAGUACCUGCUAUGCAUCACACAGUUUCCGCAUUGGAGCAGCCACUACUGCGGGGGCUGCUGGCCUUCCAGACUGGCUCAUUAAAGUUCUUGGCCGUUGGAAAUCUGAUGCAUAUCAGUCGUACAUCAGGACACCCAAAGAAACCAUUCUCCAAGUCCCUCAAAAUUUGGCCUCCUGUCUAUCCAGUUAAUGACUCGAAAACAAUUAGAUGUCACAUCGCAAUGACUAUUGUCCACGCUUCCUUGGCUUUGGGAACACUGUUAUGCUGCUCUAUACUGUUUAUCACGAACAUUCUUAUGUUGCGUAAAAAAAAAAAAAAACAACAAAAAAAAAAAAAAAAAAAAAAAACCCAAACAACAUGGGAACACUACGGUGUCUCUUUGUAUUGUUUAUUGAGAACACUAUGACGUCUCAUUGUAACACAAUUGAGAACACUGUGUCCUACUAGAACAUUCAUUAAGUCAUGCUACCCAAGUUUAGUUUCGGUUGGGUUCUUAAGUUAGAACGCGAUCAUACCCGCUUGUCCACUCCUCAAUCCCCUUUCUCCACCGAUGGUCUCUGGUUCAUUUCAUUCCCCCGUGGAGCGGAUAAGAGCUGUAUCCAGCCCUCGCGACCAGGUGGAGAAAGGGUCUUAGAGACUGGGGCUUUACACAGGGCACUUCUCGUAUUACUCGGCGUUUUGGGCGGGGAAUUGCUGCCUGCGGCACCCCUUCAGCCCUGUGCUGAAGCCCCGUCAGGGAGGGGGGGCUAUAGGAUUUGCUGGACUUGGUUAACUUGGCCCAAGGACAUUAUGCCGGCCAUGCGUUUUCACGCGUGAACUAUGCCCCCCCUUGCAGUACAGGCAUGAGGCACCCCCUCGGUAUGGCGCCAUGUACCGAGGCCCCUCAUUCGGUCAUCAUCCGGUCGGUGGGUUUUAUCCGAGCCUUGCGGGUAUAUUCCCUGCCCAACUUUGCCCACCAAAGAAUAUUGUGUUUUCUCUGCGUCUGCGCGCUGUAACAUUAAUGGCUCUUUGGGCGUGUUUGAUUGCCUUUAUUCCGGAAUGACAUUAUAGGGAAUAAACCUUAAAAAUCACUCAUUUUGGCAGUCAUUGCUUUGCAAUAGCUAGAAAUCUGCUUGAAAUAAAAUAUCCUGGGCCCAGCUGUUCGAACGCGGGUUAGCGCUAACCCAGGAUUAAAUUUUAACCCGGGCUUCUUUUUCUUUUCAUCAAAAGCACUCUUUCGGACAAUUUUCUCUAUUCUUUUUAGAGUAUCCAAUCAUCAAAUUGUAGGCAAAGAGAAUUAAACUGAAUAUUUUUUUUAAGCUCUCGUAUCGGAGUUCAAAUUUCCCACUAUCCCAGCUUCGAACAACCCGGCCCUAAUGUAUGUAGCGUUCAAGUGGCCCAAAAAUCACCGUACUAGAGAUCUGCAAGAACACUGUUGCGUAUUCUUAUUCAGGAAUCCGAUCAAUGGAAUGCACACUUUAUGUUGUCUCUGUAAAAGAAACCGUAAGAAAUAAGUACUUGAACCUUAAUGAAAUGCAUUAAUCAAGUAAGGAUCUUGUGUGACUUUGUGAAGAUUCAGAGCUUUUAGGCUCCUAACCCGUUUUUUCUUGGUGCACAGCCUUGUGUUUACUAUGUGACUGUGUGGUGAAAUUAAUGGCUUCAGUAACAGGCACCAAGAAAAUUUUGUCUGGCUUGUUUUUCGCGUUUAUGGCCUCCAUAAAACCUGAAUUUGGAAUUUUCAUGUUGUAGAAAAGCUUAGUUUUGCUCAUUACCUUAUUAGAUGAAAUUUUGGUGACACGUUAAUUUAGCAAUUUUGAAAAUCCUUAUUUAGCGGCACUUUAAUUUAGCGAUUUUUCGUAUAUGUUGGGACAUAAGUCACUUAAUUUUCACAAUUUCACGAACUGAAACCAUGGCGAAUUAAGGUGUUCAAAACUUUUAUGACGACAAUAGAACAUUUAUGUGAUAAAAUCAUAAACGUCAAUAGCUUCAUUUAAAUCAAAAUCACUGUGACGACGUUCUGAAACUUAAUUUUGAACGAAACAAACGAAACUGCAACGGUAAUGUCAUAUCUUUAUGCUGUCCUCAUUCAUAUUUAAGGUAGUGCGUGAAACUGACCAAAAUAAUGGCGGCGGAAUUCCAUAUCGUUCUCACCUUAAUUUGGCGACACGAGUUUUGGGACGAUUUUUCUAAAUUUGCUAAAUUUAAGUGUCGCCAAAAUUUUAUGCAAUAAGUUAAAACAAGUGCUUUUGUGACAUUCUUGUGGCUGUUACCUAAGAUCCAGCUAAUGUAUGUCCAACAUUUUUUCUGGUUUGCCCAACUAUAAUGGCGACCUGUGUUGUCCUUUCUUAAAAGUAAAAUCAUUAUUUGUAGCAGUGAUAAUUUAGAGCCCAGGACAGGCUAGUCAUGAAUAGUCUUCAGAGAAAGAACAAUUUUUUAAACAUUGAUUUGUUCACCCUGCAUUUUUGUUACAGAAUAAAAGAGGCCUUUUAGUUUCCUUCAAUGAAGUGGGAAUCUGCCUUGGAAUCCUUCUGGCUUACUCAGUCAAUGUGUGGUUCAUUGAUUUGCCAUCUGGUUGGUAAGUCGGCAUGAAUACUGUACCCUAAAUUGUAACAACUUGAUUCCUGGCCAGAGGGUUAGAAUGCUGGCCUCAGUAACCCUUGUUAUCAGAAAGUCCAUGAAAUUAUCUGACUUGUCAUUUUGUGGGCCUCCAAAAAUGUGUGGUUAAAAACGUUCUAAGCCCAGGGGCUCUUGCCACAUGAAGGGUUAUUGGAAAUUCCCAGGUAGGAGGGAAAGGGCCAACAGCUAGAAGUUAUUAAGAAAUGUUUGAAGCUAAACUGGUAUUUCAAAAGGGGUGGGGGACUCAAAACGAAAAUAUUGAGUUUACUCAAUAGGACGGUAGGAAGAAGAAUACGGCAAAACGCUUGUAUGUGACGAACGUGACAGGGUUAUAACAUGUGUGUUUUGUCGUGGUCUUCGCUUAACAUCAAUGUUUUCUGGUCUUGUAGGAAAAUAUCUGUUUAACGGAGGGUGAAGUUCGGCGGAAAUUUUUUCAAACAAAAUUAUUGUCACCCUUGUCACACAAGGUUUGCCGUCUUCUUUCCUCUCCCGUCCUGUUGCGUAAGUUCAAUAUUGUCUCCAUGGAGACUACUGCAUGAAUAUUUUCCGGAACAGCCAAGGGUCUCAACAGUUUUACUGUGUUAUUUUUUGUACAAUGUAGGCGCUACAUGUUUGGCCUGUCAGGUGUACCAGCCCUCAUUCAAGGUGUCGGCAUGUUCUUUUUACCUCACAGUCCUAGGUGGCUUAUAGUGAAUGGACAAGAUGAAAAGGUGCUAAUAAUAUUUUUGUAACAAUAAAAAAAGAUAAUGAUAACAUGUAGCACCAGUUUACAGGAGAGAUUCAGGGGCACCCAACGACAAUUUUUGGAAAAUAUCUGUUCGGAAGACGAUUUGCCUCUCCUAGGAUUUUCGAACAUCUAAAAAAUGGUAUAAUUGCCAAUUUUUAACGGAUUUUUAGCCUAAAAAGGUCAUCUAUAAUUUUUGGGAGCCUUUUUUCUGGCUGAAAUUUUCGAAAAGGUAAGUUUUGAUCCCUAUAAUUUUCGGAUCACUAGACUUUCAGCUAGGAAAUCCGAACAGAUGAAAAAUUUUUAGGGGAUAAAAAUAUGCCUAUAUCUACCGUUUAGAUACUAAAAUACGUUCAACAAUGCUAUGUUUAAGUGGUUUUGAACUAUAUUCUCGUUGGGUGCCCCUGGAGAUUAAUACAAGAGUUUAAUCUGUUGGUUUUGUUGACUUCAAGGCGUGUAGGAUGAUUCAGAAGCUUCGCUGGUCAGAUGAUCCGUACGAGGAGUUGUCAAAAAUCAAAUCUGGGCUCAAUGUGGAAUAUGUAUGUGCUUUACUUGCUAGUAAUAACCAAAGGUUACAGAGUGCAAACGAGAUCUAUGUAAAAGCUCUCGCUACAGCGCUGUGCUUUGCGUGAGAGAAGGUCAAACUCGCCUGACCAGAUUACGAGUGGUCAUAAAGGUCGAAAUGCGCGUGAUUGCUGACUAAAUACGUGCCGCACAUGUAAUAGCAACCUGGAGAUUAGGGGAGCUUUCCAUUCAACCAAAACUUUCGAACAUUUGGAAACAGCGGCAAAUGGUCCGGAAUUUUUCGGAAAAGUUUCCAUAAAUUCUGGAAACCUGUUAAUUUCCGAAAUACGAACCAUUCAACUGAAAAUUCAAGAAAUUCCGCGGCAAAAGUUGAAUGAAAAGAAAACUUCCGGGAAAAAGGUUUUGAAAAUUUGUGUAUGCCUUGUGAGGUUGUCCUCUUUUUGGGAAAUUUUGGAAAAUGCUGUUCCAUUUACUACUUGAAGUUGCCGAAAAUUCAAACCGGACUUUUUGGUUGAAUAGAAUGCGCCCUAGGAUUGCCGGCUCCCCCGGUCACCCACAAAACACCUGCUACAAUAUUUCACAAUCACUCCAAACACCGCAACGCUCAACAUUUCCAAUAAACAGCUUUGAAUACACUCUUUUUUAAAUAUAUAUAAGAAUAUAAUUAUUUGAUAAGAAUAUCGGGGCUGAAAUUUGUGAAAUUUUAAGAAUAUUUUAAGAAUAAGCUCGAGGCUGAGAUUUCGAAAGGGAUAUUAUAUUGAGUGUUGAAAAUGUGAAAAAUAUGUUUUCAACUUGACCGCAAAAAAUUAUUGCUAAUGACAGUUGUAUGAACGGUACAUGAAAUACAUAUCUAUAGUAUUCAGCAGAGUAGAAAUGAACAAACAGCAAAAAGAAUAUGAUAGUUUUUUUUUUCUUUUUCAAAUAUAAUUUAAGAAUAACAUAAGGAUGUGUUCAGGCUAAAAUCUACAGCAGAAAAAUAAUAUUUAGCCUGGGCCGGAAUGACAAUAUUCUUUUAAAAAAAACCCACUGUUAUGUAUGGAACAUAAAGAAAAACCAGCCUUUGAAAAAUGAAAAACAGUUCAAUUAUUCUUCUCUUGUUUAAAGCAAAGGUAUCCAUGUUUUAAAUUCAUGAAAGCUGCAACACGGACCUGGGAGUUCAAGGCUUAUGAGUAGAAUUGCUGAUGUUUGAUUGUAUUUUUUCCUAGCGAUAUAAAUUCACCGACCUUAUAAGCCGUUUGGAUAACAUGAGAAGUAGAAUGUUCAUUGGUUGUGGAGUAGUAUUUCUACAACAGGUAUGAAUGGAAAGUAAAAUAUUGGUUUAUUUGUUAUAAACUUAGCUUUUUAGGGGCGUUCGAAAUGUUGUCCUGAAAAUGUACAGAAGUGGUAGCAGUAACUUUAACUUGGCCUGUAGUUCACUCUCUUAAAAGGACUUUUACUCCCGUUCUCGUUUCACAGAUCACUUUCUUUAUUGGCUCUCUCAGGGAAAAAAUCGCUUUCUCUGUUACGCGAUGUACACUGUAAUCUUUUCGCAAAUUCUUUAUUCUUCAGUAUGCUUUGCCUCAAAUCAAGGAUGCUGACAUUACACGAGUUGCCUUGGUCAUUAAUAAUCUACCUGGAGGAAAAGUUGAAGUUGCUUUACCAUUGUUGCUCAUUUGCUUUAAAUGAUCACCUGCUCUGACCACCCGACAUUUUUUUAUGGGGGAGGGGGGAGGGGGGAGGGGAAGGGAGGCAAAAGAAAGUCUAAUACGCACUGUGACCCAUCCUUACGAGAGAGAUGUAAGCUAAGGGAUUUUGUCUGUCACGAAAACAUUCUGGGAUUGUUUGGGUAGACAAUUUAACCAAAGAUUGGCUACUGCUUGCUGCCUUUAUAUAUCGUCGACCAGUCAUAACUAGUGAACUUAAGCAACAGGACGGGAGAGUAAAGAAGACGGCAAGCCAUCUGUGACAAGCGUGACAUUAAUUUUGUUUGAAAUAACUUUUCGCCAAACUUCACUUUCCUUUAAACAGAUAUUUUUGUAAAAACCACGACAAAACACGCAAGUAAUUUAUGGCCCUGUCACGUUUGUCACACACAGGCGUCUUGCCGUCCUCUUCUUCCUUCCGUCCUGUUGCGUAAACUCACUGCUAUUGCUUGUACACCCAAAUGAAUAAUCCUAGCAGUCACUGCACCGGCCAAAACUUGUCCUCAUUCUCCCAGUAGUUUAUGAGCGGCGAAUUGUAAUUGGAGGUGAUUUCUUUUUGUACGAAAAGGCGAGCGACUUCGUGCGUCAUAGCGAUGACCGCUGGACUGUUUCAUGAUCAGUUCACAGUACUGCUGCCGUCAAGGAUUUGUCAGCAGUACUUACUGCGCAUUUAUUCUUCUUAGUUCACAGGGCAACCAACCAUUGUGUACUAUGCUUCUACCAUCUUUCAAGCGCUUGGAUUUCAAAGUGGUGAGAAAGCUACACUCGCCAGCUUAGGGAUAGGUCUUGCUAAGGUAUGAAAUUCAACUUACAAUUGUUUAUUACUUUGCGUGGAAUAAGCAUAUAAGGAAAACAACCGUGCAAGUGUCGUGUUGUAAUAGCAAUACAAAAGAAUGCAAUGAAAUGUUAAACAUUUGCUGACAUACAGGGUCCCAGGGCUGCUACACUGUCUGUUGUUAUGUAUUUCAACCAAGUAGCUGCUUUUCAGUCUAAACAGAAUGAUUCUAUUUCGACUGAGUGGUGAUGUUGUUGCUUAAUUUAAUCCGCGGUUAAAAUUUCAUAUUCCGUUAUUUCAAGCUCAUCAUUAUUCAUUUAAUAUCUUCCCCACCCCCAAAAGAGAAAAUUAAACUUCAAUCGAGGAAAAGUUAUGUUCUCCUCUGCCUGCCACCGGUUUCCCGCGGUUUACUCGAAUCACACGCUUCAUUUUUCCUUCGUGAAUCGCUGUGUUCUAAUUGGUAUACUGUUGGCUUCAACUGUUCGUGUGAAUGGCUACAUGUGAGCAUGUGACUGAUUGUGAGUGAGGUCCAUGCCUUACCACAUCUGCCAAAAUGGUAAUUUUUGCUUUCUUCUUUCUUACAGCUCUUUGCAACAAUUAUUUCUCUCAGCAGUGUAGAUAAAGGCGGUGCGUAUGCUUUUCUUGUCACUUUUUGUCAAUGGUUUUGGCUAAAAAAUUUUAGAGACAACUUUUUCAGUCUUUUUUGCUCUUUUUGUAGGUCGCCGCCGUUUCCUGCUCAUAGGUGUUUCAAUCAUGACCGUCAGCAUAUUAACAUUGGGCAUCAUUGCUCACUACGCAUCGUUAGGAGAGCCUCAAAGAAAAUGCUAUUAUAAUUCAACUGCACUGCCAUCUUCACGGAUACAUUCCCUAUCUAGUAUGGCACCCACCACUUCUACUCGAGCUAUGUCGACCAUUUUAACAAAUUCUUCAACAUUUUACUCUCCGACAAACUUUACUUGGUCUGUGCUCGACACGACUGUAUCCAAACCAAUGUUAGCUAGCAAAGGUCUGCGGUAUUUAACACUCAGUGCUCUUGUUCUGUUUGUCGCGGCCUACUCAUUUAGUUUUGGUCCAGGUAAGCUUGUCCACUGAAAUGAACGUUCUGUCACUGAUAUUAUUGUGGAAAAUUUCGGCUGGUUUUGAUGUGAUAAUAGGGAGCUUAAGCAACGAUGAGGACGACGCUGGCGAAAACUUCCCUUGAAAAGUGAAUUUACGCUGUUUCAAAAUUCAUCGCUCUUAUUCCAUGUCGUUUAACCCUUUCACUGUUUGUCAAAAUUUGUCAAACAUUUGGUCGAAAUUUUUUUGGCCACAUUUGGCAGUGAAAGGGUUAAUUUGUCAAACAUUUGUGAUUUUUUUGGAGUUGAAUUCUAAAGGCUGUAUCUAACUUAAAAAAAAUAAGAAAAUGAAAAUCGUUAUCUCACGUGUUCACGUCCUCCACAAAACGUUAAAUUAGGCAGUGUCACGUCGUGGUCGUGCAAAGACGGCCUAAAAAAGUACGAAAAAGGGUGAUGCACGCGUACGUUCUCGUUGCCGUUAUCGUCAUCGUAUGUUUUCUUAAGCCCCCUAAUAUCACAUUCACACCAAGUAAACAUGUUUUAACAUUUAAUUAAAAUUAAACCAGGUUUAGAAAAUGAAAUCCAGUACCGGAAAAUUGGAACACAAUGGAAAGAUGGCUCAAAACCUUGAUAUCUGUACCCUCUUAUACCACCCCGAACAAAGGAAAGUUUCCCCCCGUAACAUUGCCACUCAGUUAUUUCAGGAUAACAAGAACUUCACCCUGCCGGCAGAGCUUUUCUGUCUCUUGCUCGAUUUUUUUCAGGGAAAGACGCUGCAUGAAUUGAGUAAGAACUUUUUUGAGCAUGUGCAACAUGUUGACAGGAUAGAGUUACGAACUCAGGCCAAAUAACCAUGCGCUUGCUAUAGAGGGCUCUAUUAUGACCAUUGGCUUAUCGAUAAACUGAUGCUUGCAGUAAAACAAAAAAACCGGUUUGGCGAAGGAAAACAAGAUUGACUAGUCUAGAAGUUCGGGCUGCGGUGAUUUCAAAGGCUUGAUGCGAUUCAGGCAGAGCUUCCUUUUCUCCUCUCGCGACAAAAGGUAGACUACAAGACGUCCCCAUUCUCCCUCAGGGAUAGUAGAGCGAGCGAAACGCGAGCACGCGUGAAAAUCACCCCACGCGAGAAAGGCGAGACGCGGCGGGGAGAGAGAAAAAUGCCGCGUCUCGCCUUUCUCGCGUGGGGUGAUUUUCACGCGCCCUCGCGUUUCGCUCGCUCUACCAUCCUUGAGGGGGGUGGGGAACUACUCGUAGUCUAGACAAAAGGAGGCUCUGCUCGCAGGGUGUAAGAACCUGUAACGCGCGUUAAACUACCUCGAACCAAGUCAAGUCCCUCUUUGUUCAGUUUAUUACACAAAACACCUACUCCACCAUAGUUUAAAUCCAUUAUUUCUGAAAUACUGACAUGGUGUGUCCAGAUGUCGGGUUCCUGAAAUGAUAACUUAGGACCGAUUUUCCCGACAUAUCGGUAAAUUCCGUCAGAUGUACGAGAAACAGAAAACCCCCUUAUGGCGGUCUGACACCAUGCUUGAUAUUUUAAAUAUUUUUUUACGCGCUCCUCUUUUGGACAUUUAAUUUUCCAAUUUUAAGGUUUAUGUCCACUGUGUAUUAUUUUAUAUUCGUAUUUAAUCGAAAGGUGUGUCUCUCGGAGUUUAAAAUGACGCCGCUUGGCGAUACCCUUAUUUCAGUUUCUAAAGAGUGUUUAUCGUAGGAAGCAGCUAAUUGUGGCAAUAGUCCAGUUUCGAGUUCGCUAUGAACACUAAAUAAAAAAAGUGAAGACGCAUUUUUUAUAGGCUGAGCCUCAUUUGAAGUAAAUAUAUUCUCCAACGAGAAAAAGACCUCUUUAUUACUCUGUCUAUGUGUAUUUUCAAAUUUCAAACACUUACUUGCCGGAAUUUUUGAAUAUUUUACUCUAUGUCGAGGCUAACCCUGUAUGAAUGUGUCGUUCAGGUUUGUAUUCAGGGGUGAUUUUUAAUUCGAAACUGAACUAUUGCUCAGGUUUAGGUAGCGGGAGAGACUGCGUCGUUGUUGUGCCGAAUUGCACCAUGGGACUGUUUUGGAGAACGGAAUUUGACCCAGUUUCAUUAGAGACCGUAAAUACCGUAAAUGUUUUAGUAGACGCCCUCUCUCAGAUAAACACCUCUUGUCUCAUAAACACUUGUAUUAGACGCACUCUCUAACAUACGCCCUCCAUGACAAUUACUCCAGAAAAGAAAUAGCGAAAUAGAGCGACAUCAUUCGAUUUAUUCAGUUUCUUGUUUGCGGUUUGCAUCUUGUUCAAUGUCAGGUUCAAAGGAAGGAUUCUGACAUCGAAGUUGAGCUUUAGGAAAACGAUGUGGAUCUCUCCAAACAGCCUUGGCUUAUCAAUGAAUGGACUAGAUAGUCUGCUGUCUAUAAACUGUAACGAUAUAAUCCCCGAAAGCAUAGGUUAUUUUUGUAGGGUUUGUUACAGUUAUUAGAAGAAACGCCUCUCUCUUUUAAACCCCCGCGCUUGGGCGUCUUAAAUUAAAUAGACGCCUAGGGUAUUUAGUAGAUCAUUUACGGUAGCCAAUAAACAAAGCGAUAGCGUCCCCAAAACAGUCUCAUGUAUACAGUUAUACACAACAUCGAACCAGAAUGACGCGCAAAAUAGCAAAUAAUAUUAUGUUGUUUUACAGUAUCUUGGCUUCUGUUAAGUGAAAUUUUUCCAGCUGGCAUCAAAGGCAGGGCCUUCUCCAUCGCCACCAUACUCAACUGGGGAACGAACCUUAUGGUGUCCCUUACAUUUUUGGACAUGCUCAGUAAGUACCUUUUUGAUGAUGACAUUUCCCGCAAUAAACUGAAACUAACUUCCAGUUGAGGCCCAUUUGCCACUUUAGGGACGAGAAAGGAACUGUAGCCGAUAUGAGUCCCGAAAUUGUUUCUAGGAUGGUUACUGGGCAUGCGCCGUUUAGCUAUUGGCCAAUCUGUUUCUUUGUCCCUUGUAACAGUCCCAGAAGUCUUUGUGAAAGUUAACUCGGUCCAGCUUCCCUCUCGUCUCUAAAGUGGUGAAUUGCUAGACUGACCGUGUUUUGUUUAUUUCUUCAGGCACUUUUGGAACUUCGUGGACCUUUAUUUUCUAUUCAGUAAUAUGUGUACUGGCUGUUAUUUUCAUUUACAAAUACGUCCCUGAGACGAAAAACAGAACCUUAGAGCAAAUCUCCGCAGAGCUCAGUACCAGGUAAUUUACCAACAAAAAAGGUUACUUAAUAUCAGGAAAGGUUUGAUGCAAGAAUAGUUAUGGAGAAGAGAAGUAAUGACGUCACGAAAACUAAAUUUGUAAAAUUAUGGGAUAGAUUGGCACACCCACACUCUAAAUCAGAAAGAUCUGUUUUAGCCCUAAAAAUAGGGCCAUUUCGGUGAGUAAAAUACAGUCCUAUUUUUGAGUCUAAUUUGGCUCCCUUAAAUCAGGGCCAAUACAGUCCAAUUAGCUAGGGCUGAUUUGGUCCCAGGGCUGAAAUGGGCCCUACCGUGAGGCUUUUUUGGCCUAAAUUGUGCUCAAAUGGCUUCAGGAAGGGCUGAAUCAGACUUUGGCCUGCAGGGCUGAAUUGACACUUUGGGGCUGAAGCAGAUCUUUUUAAUUUUCAGGGCAGAUAAAACAAGAUGGAAAAUAUGCAGUUACUAAAAUUGAGCCUGUUGGUGCAAAUUGGUGGGGAGAUAUGAGCACCAUUAUGUUCUGAUGGCUCCGUGAAAAUCCUUGUAAAAUUAGAUUGGAUCGUAACGUUUGCGAUCCGAGCCACGAUCCAAGCCAAUUUUCAAAGGAUUUGUAUGGAGUCAUCAGAGCAUAACUGUGCUUGUAAUCUCCUCACCAAUUUGCACCAACAGUCUGAUUGUUGGAAAGAGGGCUUUUUUCACCUUGUUAUUUCUGAGUAUGCCAACAAAUCCCAUAAUUUCACAAAUUUAAAUUUUUGUGACGUCACAAUUCCCUUCUAAUAUCCCCUUUUAAUACGAUAUCCGAAGAAAAAUACAGUCAACUCUCUCUGCGUAAGCAACCACCCCUAGUACUAUAAUAAUAUAAUAAUAAUGAUCGUUUAUUCAACCUUUUUGCAGCACUAAAAACUGAAUUACAAGGCGGGUCAUUAAUUACAUACAAAUACCUCGGAAUUAUGACACGUAAAUAUAACUGUUAAUGUUAAGAACAUAUCACGACAAUAUGGCGAUCGUCUAGGGGAAAAAAUCAAGAAAAUAAGCUCAAACUGAACUGAUUAACAUAAUUAAAAAAAGUUAUUACCUUACGAGCUAAAACUUAGGCAAAUAGACAUCCAAACACUCAAAAACGUCGAGCGUUGUGUUACCGGGCAGGUUAGCCGGGAUCCUGUCAUCACAAUAUCGGGAUCCCAGCUAACCGCCUGGGUUGCAUCGGUGUUAUAACCAAUCACAAAGUCUGUUUUUGUUUCGUUCAAAGGGGCUGUAUCACGGCUGUUCAUAGUUCAUUUUAUUAGUAGGGACGUCCUUACGAAACUAGUGAGUUUACGCAACGGGACGGCAGAAACAAGCGGACGGCAAAACGCUUGUGUGUGACAAACGUGACAGGCCUAUUACUUAUGUGUUUUGUGGUGAUUUUCACUUAAGUUAAUGUUUUCUGGUCUUUUUGUAAAAGCAGGGCGACUUGGGAUAAUCGCGAUUAAGUUUUUAAAGGAUGCCAAGUCUAUUUUUCAACAAAGUUUUCAUGGACGUCGCCGUUGUCAGAUCGUAAGGUCCCUAUUAUUAAGGCCAAUUACUCGUCCGUAUUCGAAAUGACUUUGAAUGACAAAAUCACAACUUCGAGUCAAACAAUUGUCUCCUAUGCAUUAUAUCGAACCUUACAAACAACAAAACUGAACUUUGAAAAACUGUUGGGCUAACAAGUUUUAAACAUUUACAAUUGCAAUCUGUUUCAAUCUUUUCCAGUUUUGUCAGUGCGUGCCUCCUUUUGUAUUUUCUUCGUUAUUUGUACCAUCUUUUCAUUUUUACGGCAGGGCGAGCACUAAAAGCCAGCCACGCCAACCGGUUCAUCCAAUCUUGCUCAUGUAAUGAGGCCCUAAGACCUUUAUAA